CGCAGCUGUUUCUUUGUUUUUCAGUGUUCCGUGCUGUAUAUUUCGAUGUUGCGUAUUGUGCUAGCUUAGUGCUUCGUGCAACGUUUUCACCACUCGGUGUACUGGAUGUGUAUCAGUAUUUAUUUAAAUCAAGCUGCAUCUGUAUGAAGUAAACUGUGUGCAUUCCAAAACCAACACUCAGAACAGAUUGGAUUUAGUUAAUAAAUAACUCUGCUAAAGAAAGCAAAACGGUGGUAAGCAGCUGGAUUAUCGAUUUUAGAUCCUCCCAUAUACAUUGAACAGUACAGAACCUAACAAAAUCUACGCGAUGGCAAUGAUUAUGAAAGCAGCUAAGUGUCCCACCGAUGAAUUGUCGCUCAAGAAUAGAGCUAUCGUUAGCGCAGGUGACUUUCCUCCGGAUAUCAAGUAUAUCGACGUAUCGACUGCGCCAGGUCAGCAUUUCAUUUUUUUCAUUGAACGCACAGCUGCGGGUGAAAUAAAUCCUGGAACCAUAGGAUUUUCACUACUUCAGCGAAAAUGGGCAACACUUUCGAUUAACCAAGACAUUAGCAUCAAACCGUAUCAUUUUGAACGGUCCUCCGAAGUGCUUUGCAGCAUCGCUUUAGAAGUGGAUUUUCUACAAAAAAAAACUGUAACGCAUGAGCCAUACGACAGUGACCAAAUGGCAAGAGACUUUUUAUUACAAUUCGCGGGCUUAGCAGUGACCGUCGGGCAGCCAUUGGUUUUUAAUUUUCAAGAUAAAAAACUUCUCUGCUUGGCGGUAAAAACUCUUGAAAUCAUAGAUGCCGCAGCCAUGGCUAGUGGUGUAUCAACUUCAAGCAAUGGGUCUAGUGGUGGUUCUGUAGAACCGAAAAGAGUCAAUUUUGGCCGAUUGUUAGCCAAUACGGUAGUAACGUUUGAAAAAGCGGAAGGUUCUGGAUUAAAUCUUGUUGGACGUUCUAAGGGCCGUGUUACGGCUGUUCGACAGUCCAUUAUUAAUCCUGAUUGGGAUUUUGGAAGAAUGGGUAUUGGUGGCUUGGACCGAGAAUUCAAUGCUAUUUUUCGGCGUGCAUUUGCAUCUCGCGUUUUUCCACCAGAGGUUGUGGAGCAACUUGGAUGUAAGCAUGUAAAAGGUAUUCUACUUUACGGACCUCCUGGUACCGGUAAAACUCUUAUGGCUCGACAGAUUGGCACAAUGCUGAACGCUCGAGAACCAAAGAUAGUAAAUGGUCCGCAAAUUUUAGACAAAUAUGUUGGUGAAUCAGAAGCUAAUGUGCGUCGACUAUUUGCGGAUGCAGAAGAAGAAGAAAAAAGGCUCGGACCAGCAAGCGGUUUACACAUUAUCAUUUUCGAUGAGAUUGAUGCAAUUUGCAAAGCUCGUGGUACUGUUGGAGGCAAUUCUGGAGUACAUGAUACAGUUGUCAAUCAACUGUUGGCAAAAAUUGACGGAGUUGAACAGUUAAAUAACAUUCUAGUUAUUGGAAUGACUAACCGAAGAGACAUGAUAGAUGAAGCUCUGCUUCGACCAGGUCGAUUGGAAGUACAAAUGGAAAUCAGCCUUCCUAAUGAAGAAGGUCGUGUACAGAUUUUGUCCAUCCAUACUCGACGCAUGAAGGAAUUCAAGAAACUGGCACCAGAUGUCGAUUUACGGGAACUCGGAGUAAAGACUAAAAACUUUAGUGGGGCCGAAUUAGAAGGCUUGGUACGAGCUGCGCAAUCCACCGCAAUGAACCGUCUGAUAAAAGCUGCUUCUAAAGUAGAAGUAGAUCCCGCAGCUAUGGAAAAACUGAUGGUGACAAGAGAAGAUUUUCUGCACGCGUUCGAAAAUGACAUCAAACCGGCUUUCGGUACAGCAGCAGAAGCUCUCGAAAAUUAUUUAACAAGAGGAAUUAUCAACUGGGGCUUACCGGUUGCUCAUGUUCUUGAAGAUGGUGCUCUAUACACGGAACAGGCGCGAGGUGCGGAAGGAUCCGGAUUGGUUUCGGUACUUUUGGAAGGUCCUCCAAAUGCUGGUAAAACUGCUCUUGCAGCGAAACUGGCAAAAUUAUCAGACUUUCCAUUCGUUAAAGUUUGCAGCCCAGAUGAAAUGGUUGGUUUUACAGAGAGUGCCAAAUGUUUGCAAAUACGCAAGUAUUUUGACGACGCCUAUCGUUCGACGUUCAGCUGCAUUCUCGUUGAUAACAUCGAGAGGUUGCUAGAUUAUGGACCGAUUGGUCCUCGGUACUCUAAUCUUACGCUGCAGGCACUUUUGGUAUUACUGAAAAAACCUCCACCAAAAGGCAAAAAGCUUCUUAUCCUCUGCACCACUAGUAGACGACAAGUAUUAGAAGACAUGGAAAUGUUGUCAGCAUUCACUGCUGUUCUGCAUGUACCGAACCUGUCAACUGCAGAUCAUUUGAUUGCUGUCCUCGAGCAAGAGCCUGAUGUGUUUGGACGCAAUGAACUGGCUUCUAUUUACAAACGCUUAAAAGGAAGACGUAUUUUUGUCGGCAUUAAAAAGUUAUUAGAUUUAAUUGAUUUGGCGCGGCAAAUGGAUCCUCAAACACGUAUGAUGAAAUUUUUGUCAAAACUUGAAGAAGAGGGUGCUAUAGAAGAUGCUACUGUGGCACAUUGAGAGAAUAUGAAAGCAAUUAAGUUUAUAUUACACCGCUAAACAUUACAGUUAGCAUUUCGUUUCCUUUCAAGCUAGUUUGCCCUUUUACAAAAAGUUGGCUGAAAAACUCUUACUCUAAAUUUGUCAAGAAUGUAGUCUCGUCGUUGGAUCCCUUUAAUUAACAUUUGUUUGAAUUGAAAUUAUUUUCGUUAACUAAGAGCUGGUCUAAAUUUAACAACUACAAUUGAUACAAUAACAAAUCAGGACUUUACUUCAAACAAAGCAAAUAUGGAAUUUAUUCCGUGAGAUACGAGGAUGUUCUUUGCAUAUAAUAACUGUGCUUAGUACAUUGUGUUAAUAUAAAUAUUUGCUAUGCUGCAAUGUUCAAAAUUAGGUUAAUCGAUCGAAUAUCUAUUUGAGCUUUGAGCUCAAAUCAUUCUUCAAUACACAUUUUCAACGAACAGGAAGUGUUGUCGCAUAUUCAAUGGCCGCGUUGUUUUUCACCAUUCGGGUUGGAAACGUAGUUCCACAUAAAAUAUAAAAAACUGUAUGUGUGUAAAAUGUAUGAAUAACAAUUACUCUAAAAGCUUAUAUAACUUCUACCACGGCUUAGUAUAGAUUUUAACCACAACUUAAUGCAUAUUGAAAAAUUGCAUAUUGCAGAGAACACAAUACAACACAUAACUUAAAAGCAAACAUAGGAUUAAAGAAUUAUAAAAGUAGUCUGGAUAUAUAAUAGUAAUCUGAGACGUAAUUGUUAGCUGAACCAAUACAUCAUGGUUCGUCUUUCUGUGUAUAAUUAUAAUUGUUUGUUUUAUUAAGUAUAAGCGAAAGCAACGAAAGAAUGAUAUUGCCUGAUCAAAGCCAUUCCUAGUGUUGAUUAUUAAAAUGUAUUUCUAUUUUUCAUGUUUUGAGCGAAUUUAGUUUUUAGUAUUGGUAUUAACUUCAGGAAAUUUCUUCCACUUAUCUAUUAUUGAAGCAAAAUUUUGUUACACUACAUAUUUUUGAAAUUAAUAUUGUCAAUCGAGAAAGUAAAAAGUAGUAAAUUUCUUCGUAUCCAGUAGUGAUAAAAAACAAAUUCUUAACGGAAUUACAACAACCAAUAUAUAGUGGCACAUAAAAACAACACAUAACAGUUUUUACUAUAUGUCUGCUUAUUCUGUCCUUUUAUUUUUGUGCCGUCGUUUAGCAAUUUUUGUGUGCAAACUACUGGUUGUUAUAAUGUGUUAUGUGCAACUUGUUUACUGUGACUAUAGUCAAUUAAUACAAUCUAUUUUAAAUCAACGAAUCUUUGAUUUCGAUCAGUCCAGUGAUAAAUUUAAAGCAAUUGCUAUUUUAAAUCACCUAUUGUCUUGUAUUUGAAUCAAUUUUUAAGAGAAUUGAGUAAAUUCUAUGGUGUAUUUUUAUAAAUAUGUUCCAAAUUAUUAAUUACCAUUACUUCAACAAUAUUGUGUUUGUCCUUUCUGCGUAUCAGGUCGACGUUGUUGAAUAGUAGAGAGUUAUUAAGAAUAAUACAAUGUUAUCUAUAAAUUUCAAAGAGUUAUGAAAUGUGUUAAUAAAUAAAUAAAGCAUAAAAUUAAUAAAUGGUAGCAUAAUCAUGUUCCAUACAUACUAGCGAUAAAAAUCAUAAUUACAGUUAAAACUCUAUGUGCAAAAUACAAGCUCGCCAAUAAAGUUAUACCGUUAAAAAUCUUGGUUGGUUGUUUAGAAGGAUGCAUCUUAAUCUACAGGCACAUCUUGUUUCCUUAACACCCACUAUCACCAUAAUUUAUCAUUUAUAUACAUUAUAAACAGUACAUGACCCAACACACUCCUUUCAAGUACUCCUAAGCCAUUAUCAAUUGGUGUAAAGGCCACAUGAUUAAAUAACGUCACUUGGGUCCUGUUGGUUGGCAAAUCAUGUUGAUUCGGUUCCCAGUAUCACAACAUUUUUAUACCAUUUUUACUAAGAGUGAUGUUGAAAUAGUCUCAUAGACUCUUUUCAAGUCUAAAAAGAAUUUUUCGUUGCGUUUUCAUGAAAUUUUCGUUGCCUAUAUUUAGCACUCGUAGUAAGUAAUAACGCGUAGUAGUUAAUAAAAAAAUGACUCCUACUAAAUCAGUGCAGCUACUCUUAACAUUUUUACUAGCUUCUGCAUUCUCACCCUUGCCAAAGGUUUUGUAAGGAGGUCAACUAUCAUAUCUUCUGAAGGACAGUAUACACUAGACACUUCACGUUUCUUUAUGUGAUCCUUAGUAAAGUGGUAUCUCGUAGAAAUGUGCUUUGUUAUGUUGCUCAACUUUUCUUGAGCUAACAAUUUCAGGCAACUCUGAUUGUCGCUCAGGCUAACUAUUAAACGCGUCACUCAUAUGGGCGUGGCUUAACUAUGUAAGCGACCAUGCGAAAGGAUUCGUGAGUGGUAGGAACAGGCGCGCGUGACUACACCCGCAUCUACUAUACGUUACUAAGCGAGCCGACUGCAUCGGAAGUGCGUAGGCACAACAAAGCGAACGAGCUUAGCGCUAGGGAUAUUUAAGUUCAAAUCCUGUAAUUGUUAGGAUUUAGGACGAAUUAUUUUGCCGAAUAAAUUAACACGAAAUGAUUAAGAAACAGGAAGUAAAAUAUUUUUCCUUUAUGCAAGAGAUGAACAUCACUAA